AAGAAGGGUUGGGUCAGUUUGCAUUUGGUUGUUGUUGGAGUAGGUGCGGGAGAAUAAAUUCUUGAAUUUAAUGCCUGAACUAAAUUUAAAUAGCAUUUGGUUACCAACACAUUGUCAUACAUUGCUCCUGUCUUUGGAAGGAUACUAUGAUGCCCUUUGCUGUAAUUCCAAUAAGCCAGGCUCCUCCUACAACUAUUAGGCCAUCUCUUCAACUUGCACACAGUAAACAUCAGGAUAAAGGGGAAAAAGUAACAAAGUUCACGAAGUCAACAACACUGUUCCCAAUGCGCAUUUGUGAGGAGUCUGCCUCAGAUCAGCACGAUGAUGUAAUUCCAGGUAAUGGUAAUAUUGAAAAUGUUUUUUGUAAAAACAAUAAUUUUUCCAAACCGUUGCCAUUAGAAAACAAAUGCUUGAAUAACGACCUUAGAAUUGAUGCACAAAAGUACAUUGAUAAUGUUCUUAAGAAGAACGAAAAUGUUUUAAGCCAAUACAAUUGCCAAAAGUUUGCAAGACUCUUUCAAAGUAAGACACAAACAGAAAUGAGUAACAAAGAAAAGAUGAAUUCAAGUCAGAUACCCAAGUAUUUGAAGUGUUACACAUGCUGUCGAAUAGUAAAGGAAAAUGAAUUUUGUCAACAUCUUUUGUUUGGGAGUGUUUAUUGUAAAUUGUGUAAUGUCUUUUUCGGGGAUUGUGAAAAUUUUUACUUAAAAAAUAUGGGGAAUGGUCAUAAACGUAUUUUGUGCAAUGAGCAUAGUUUUUGUUAUUGUGUAGAUCCAGCACAAUUUUUGAUUAAAAACCUUCCUGUGGGUAAUACUAAUGGCGAUUCUGUUGAUAAAGUUCGAGUUAAAGCGUUGAUCAAAAUUUACAUCAAUAAAUUAAAAUCACUGGAACAAAAAAAUCCUUGGGACCAAGCUAUUGCUGCUUGCAGAAGAUUUGUAACAGAAGAUGAACUGAAAGAAGUAAAUAAUGAGAAAGUUAAUGUAAAAUCUGAUACUUCAACCAGGUCCUCAUUUUCGGGUAAAAGUAACACUGAAAAUCAUAGUCUUUCCAAGACAAAGAAGUGUACAGAAGAUGUUUUGUUACAAGUUUAUGAUAUUAGUCAGCUAGAAAAGGCCACAGAAUUUGUGAAAGUGCCCGAUCUUGUAUCGCCUUCAGCGGAGGAAAAACCAGCAGAGCUGGAAAAGCGAGUGAAAGCCAAGAUGCCAGACUUGAGUGAUGAUGAAGAAGCAAUAGAGUUUGUGCCAAUACCUUUAGACGGUUUUUAUUAUGUGUCUGUGAAGCCUAUUGAAGAAUGUCCAAACUGCUAUGAGGUGCUGUGCCCUUCCCGGUUUACAGUGAAUGUUGUAAAUUUUUUGAUGACUGUUGUUUGUGACAGUUGUAACCUUACCAUAUACAUAACAUCAGUAGCACCUGACCUUCAGAUAAUAACAGAGGAUACUGUAAAAGAGACCACUGUAAAUAAAAAGUCAAAGGAGGAUACUGUUCACGAAAACAAGAUACCUCAAGGAAGAGGACGGAAACGAAAAAAACAAAAGCACUCGGAUUAGUGAUUUGAUGAAGAAAGUAGAAUUCAGAUGUAAUCUGAUGUGUUUUUGAGCUACCUAGAAUUCAUGUCCAUGAUGAUUACCAUGGUGUUUCGAUGUGCUUUUUUCAUAAUGAGAACAAGAUUAAAACAUUUUUUUUUGAA